AUGCUCGACGAAAACCUUCCCACUUUCCGGCUCAAGCCAUCCUCGGACAACCCGCUUUCGAGCAUCCUGUACUUUACACAGAAUGGGUCCGAACCGGCAGCUGAGUACUUGCUCCUGCGGGCCGACCCGGCACUGCCCGCCUCGCGGAACAGGUACGCUAUUGCAUUAUGCGACCCCUACAACGCCAGUGUGGUGUACGGGGAAGUCAUGAUAGAACCCGAGUGGUCCCAACCGACUCUUUCGGCCGCCGAGAUUCGUGCCCAAUCCCAGGCCGGCGCCCCUCCGCCGCCGGUUGUGCCCGUUGUCCCUGACAGCUUUACGGUUCAGCUGUACAACCCUGACCAAGCCGUGACGGUCAAGAUGGCGCCCGGGUCAUGGAACAAGACCGAUAGCUGGGAGUUCGAGCUCCCCGUCCAGACCUUCCGCACCCCAACAGCCAGUGAACUGGACCGCGAACAGCAGAACGCCUCUCCGGCCGCCGCCGACUUGGUCCCGCGAGUGAUGUUCAGGUGGAAGAAGGAUGGUCUGCUGAGCAAGGACAUGACGUGUUACAUGACGGGCACCAGGCUGGGCGCGCGCAAGAACAAGGAGCCUGACAUCACUGUCGGGCUGUUCAAGGCAGCCAAAGAGAGCGUCCUGACUGUCUAUCAGCCGAACCUGCACCGCGUCGAGGUUGAGGACCGCAAGGGACUCGAGCUGGUCCUCUUGCUAGCAUCAGAAGUCAUCAAGGACUUUUGGCUGGCCCCGAAGUCCGACGUUUUCAACGUCCAGGGAGGAUCAGGCUCGACGCUUAACGGCAACAAGAGCAAGAACUCCCGCCCAGUCGCCACCACGAGCUCUGCCGCCGUCCCAGCCGCCAUGUCCGGGGCAAUAGAACCCGCCGCUCCCCCUCAGCCGGCCCCAUCCACCACGGCCGCGGCCGUAACCAAACCCAUCACCGCGCCCUCAGCCAGUAAUCCGUCCAUCGACGCCGAAACCCGCCGGCUGCAGGCUAUGGUUGAGCGGGAGCAGCGCGAACGCGAAAAGGCCGAGCGCGCCGAGCAGAAACGCAUCAAGAAGAUGAUUGAGGAAGAGGAGAAAGAGCGCCGCCGCCGCGAGGCAGAGGUCGCCAAGGAAACCGAGCGCCUCCGCAAAUUGUACGGCGUCGAGGGCCAGGACCUGCCCUCAGACCGUCCGCCGCUCCCACCCCGCGCCACUCCCGCUCCCCCUCCUGCUGCUGGUACUAUCCCCCCUCCGCAAACACAUCCGCAUCCACUCAUGUCCCAUCCGCCUCCUCCGCCGCAACUCAGCCCAGGGUCUUGGGCCGCCGGCGGCGGUGGUGGCGGGCUAUGCCCGCAAGUAGCACACGGCCCGCUGCCGAUGCUCCCUCCGAGACCGGUCAGCGCGGGACCGUUUCCGGGACGGCCUGGGUCUGGUGGGCCGCCGCAGCCGGGCCAGCACGGGCAGCAGCAAGGACAAGGCCCGUUUCACUCGAGCACGCUGAAUGCGCUGUGGAAGGGGGCUGCGGGUGGGCUGCAGCAACUGCAGACCCAGGUGCAGCAGCAUCAUCAUCAUCAGGGGAGUAGUGGUGGUGGUGGGUCGAAGCCUGGGGGCAGGAGGAAGACGGAGGAGGGGAGGGCGAAGGUGCAGAAGAAGAGGAGUUCGCAUUGGUGA